CACGUCUUUGAAUUUAGUAGAUUCUUAUAAAAUUAUCGACAUUGAAGAUUGGACGUGUGAUAAGUUAGUAGAACAUUAUCGUGAGAAAUCAGAAAAAAAGAAUUGGUGCUAUAUAUUAGAUAAUAUUAAAAAAGAUCUAACAAAUGUGGCGAAUUCGAAGUCUGAAUUUGACGAGAAACAGAGGAACAUGGCACAGAAAAUUCUCGACCACUGGAAGUUCUCCAUUUCAAGCGCAAGCUGGGAACUCAUAGUUCCAGAGGCGGACCUAGCCCACAGCUAUGAAACUCUUAGUUCGACGCUUGAGCGCAAGCUACAGAAUUUCUGUUUCAUAUUUUGUUCACAAUCUUUGGAAGUUCAUUUAGGUUUUAUAGAAACAAUAGAAAAAAUGGGUAAUGUAGAUCAAAUUAUAAAUAGAUCACGUCAAGAACCAACAAUUCAACAUGUGUAUGAUUUACCGACAUUAACUAUUCAAGAUUUUACAUCUUUCCCAACUCCAUAG